UGUGGCUCAACUGUAAGGCCAAGCUAUCUGCCACUGGAUUGUUAUCCUCUCCACAUAACUUCUCCAAUUGCUGACACGAACCCAAAUUACAGGCACACAUCACACCACAUCCCAAACAAACAAAAACACACUAUUUUCCUCUCUCCGCUAAGUGGAAAAUUUAACGUACCAAAAAUCAUGGCAUCUGGUGUUGUUGUUGCUGGUGCUGCCUCCUCUUCCUGCUCUGUUUCUUAUUCAAGAAACCUUAGCAUUACCAAAUCUAAUGCCUCCAUCCCAUCUCUCAAAUCAUCCAUCAUCACCACUCCACCCCAGAAAACUAGUUUUCAAGGGCUAUCACUACGAGAGGCCAAAAGGAGCGUUUCGAAUUUGUUCUUAGGUGCGGAGAGUAAGAGGAAUAUUGCUAUUGGUGGAAGUAGAGGCCUUGAGAUUACUGCAAGAAAAGCUGCUGCUACAAAGAAUAUCGAAGUUGAAGUUGAUAAGCCAUUGGGACUCACUUUAGGUCCAAAGCAAGGUGGUGGAGUUGUCAUUACGGGUGUAGAGAAUGGCGGUAAUGCUGCAAGGGCAGGGCUUAAGGUUGGUGACCAGGUAGUCUACACGAGUAGCUUCUUCGGAGACGAACUCUGGCCAGCUGAUAAACUUGGAUUCACGAAAACUGCCAUCCAGGCGAAGCCUGAUUCUGUCUACUUUGUCGUUAGCAGAGGUGCUGAUGUAGAUGUUAAAAGAUUGCCCAAGCGUCCCGCUCCUCCUCAAUUUGGAAGGAAAUUAACCGAUGCUCAAAAGGCCAGAGCAACACACAUUUGCCUCGACUGUGGUUACAUAUACACCUUGCCUAAGUCUUUCGAUGAACAGCCGGAGGACUAUGCAUGUCCACAAUGUAGAGCACCAAAGAAGAGGUUUGCAAGAUAUGAUGUUAACACUGGGAAAGCAAUUGGAGGAGGAUUGCCCCCAAUUGGUGUCAUUAUUGGUCUCAUUGCUGGUAUUGGUGGUGUUGGAGCAUUACUAGUUUAUGGUCUUCAAUAAGAUCAUUUCUUUUUUUGAGUUCAAAUUUUUCCUGAUGAUUUAUUAUACCUAAAAAAAAAUGCUACUUAAAAACUACUAAUGCUUGUGCUUAUAAUUACACAUUCUUGAAAUGAAGCUCAAGUGUGUAUUUUUUUAAAAGGGAGAGUAGAACCUGCGAGUUGAUGAUA